AUGAAGACCGCCGCUCUCUCGCUGCUCCUGUUGGCGCUGGUCGGUCUGGUCGCCGCCUGGUCCAAAGAAGACUACGAGAUCUUCCGCCUGCGCGAUGAACUGGCGACAACUGAAGGCACUAAUGUGACCUUUUACGACUUCCUCGAGGUCCGCCCCAAUGCCAGCCAAGAACAAAUCGUCAAGGCCCACCGCAAAAAGUCCAAGAACCUGCACCCAGACAAGGUCCGCCGCUCCUUCAUCGCCAAUUACUCCAAGGACAAGACCAAGGCCAAGUCCUCCAAGGGCGUAAACGUCAACAAGGGUCCCUCCAAGCGCGAAGUCGACGCCGCCAUCAAGGACGCCAAUGCCCGCUCCGCACGCCUGAACCUCGUCGCCAAUGUCCUCAAGGGCCCCAGCCGCGAGCGCUAUGAUCAUUUCCUGAAGAACGGUUUCCCCCUCUGGAAGGGAACUGGUUACUACUAUGAUCGAUUCCGUCCCGGUCUGGGCUCCGUGCUGCUGGGCUUGUUCCUGGUCUUCGGUGGUGCGGCGCACUACGGUGCACUGUAUCUGGGCUGGAAGCGUCAGCGCGAGUUUGUCGAUCGGUAUAUUCGCCAGGCGCGCCGUGCUGCUUGGGGUGAUGAGUUGGGCGUGCGUGGGAUUCCGGGUGUGGACUCGGCUACUGCUCCUGCCCCUGCUCCUGCUCCUGCUCCUAGCUCUGAGGCCCCCGAGGCUGGCGCAGUGGCUAUGAACCGUCGUCAGAAGCGUAUGAUGGACAAGGAGAACCGUAAGGAGAAGAAGAGUGUUCGGAAUGGUCGUGGUGUGGGCUCGGCUUCGGCUUCGGGUACCUCGACUCCUGUCGAGCAGCCAGCCGUGGCUGUGUCCACCGGCGAGCGUAAGCGUGUCGUUGCGGAGAAUGGCAAGGUGUUGAUCGUUGACUCUAUCGGUAAUGUCUUCCUGGAGGAGGAGUCUGAGGAGGGCGAGAAGCAGGAAUUCCUGUUGGAUAUUGAGGAGAUCCAGCGUCCGUCCAUCCGGGAUACGGUUGUCUGCAAGCUGCCCAUUUGGGUGUACCGCAAGAGUGUGGGUCGCGUGCUCGGCUCGUCCCAGGCUGUGGAGGAGGAAGAGGAUGUGACCGGUGCGGAGCUUGUUGAGGAGGUCGUUGAGGCUACCGCUACCACCAAGUCGUCUGCUCGUCGUCGCAACAAGCGUAACCAGCGGUCAUAG